AAAGUCUCGUAACAGCAUAUGUGCACCACUGCUAAUCCAAGAGGGAUGUUAAUCUUCUUAAUUCAUGGCUUGUGUGACCAGCAUUCACUGCUUUGUUGCCAUGCCUGGCCAACCAUCUCCUUGGUAACAGAGUGUAAACUGAAAGCUCUACUGCCCAGACAGGAGUAAAAAAGAAAACAAUCAUGACGACUUGAAAGAAGGGGACAUUUGCGCGCUGUAAAUCUAUGGAUGCAAAUGUCAAAUUAAUAUUACAGCAGGAAUUGCGCAUGUUCCAAAUAAAGGGUCAGACAGCACCACUCACAACCACAGAAAACCCAGGAUAGUCAGCAUGAGUACGGAGUUCAUCGAAGCAGUUUUGGAUGGAGACCUGGAGACGGUGGGCAGGAGGAUGGAGGAGGGGCAUUUCUCCCCGGAGGAGGUGGACCGGCCGCUCAGCGAGGGGACCGGCACUGCUCUUAUCGCCGCCUGCCAGAGGGGCCACACUCGGGCUGUGCAGUUUCUGUUGGAGAAAGGAGCAGACAUAACCCUCUGUAACCAUAACGACCAGACAGCGGUGCAUUUGAGUGGGCCCGUCCUGCAGGGGGAGCUGUUGGCAGCAGCAUGCAGGCGCCCAUCUCCUCAGACCCAGCUGCUCUGCGCAGCCUGGCGGGGGGACCUCCACUCCCUGCAGAACCUGCUGGUUCAGAAGGAGCAGGUGGAUGUGAACGUUCAGAAUCGGGAUGGGCUGACGCCUCUGAUGUUAGCUGUGAGAGAUGUGGACCUGUUUGAAGGGCUGGAGACCCAGAUGACCUGGGAGUAUCGACCUGUGGAGGUUGUCGCAGAGCUGCUGGGCCUCCAAGCUGUCCUAGCAGUAUGUGACCAGAGGGGGCGCUGUGCUCUGUACUACGCUGCUCAGGUGAAGAGCCCAUUGAGGGAUGAACUCCUCCAGCUGCUGUUGGAAUCUCUCUCACAGCCAGAAACUCCCUCUUUGGCAGCAGUACCCAUGGGUCUGGGCCUAGACCCGGACUGCUGUGAUCCUGAAGAGCUCUCUGAAAACUCCCCCGACUCAGCCCUCACCAGCAGCGUCCUCAUACAGGCUACAGCCAACACAGAGGGGGUGGUGGAGUCAUCAGAAGGCUUUUCGUUCUCGAAGGACAGAAAAACCGGAGGCGACCAGAGGAUCUCUCUGUCCUUCCAAACUGCUGCAGAGACCCUGAGGAAAAUGAGGCAAGAGUACCAGGAGCUGGAGGGGAGAAGCAGUCCGGGCACGUCUCUACCCAGCCUGUGGGACAGGGGCAGGAGGAGCGUCAAACUGUGCACUUUGGACACGGGACAGAACCGGUUGAAGACGAAGGGACGCUACUGCCUACCUGCGCCCCCCAGGCCUGCAGGAAAGGGUGACCCCGUACACCCCAACCUAACAGGACCGCACCCUCCCCAGUUGACCCAGUCUGCCCCUGUCCUGGCAGAACCACUGCUGGACUCCGGUUCCCUGCUUCGGGUUCGAGCCCACAUACAAACAAGACUUGUGCGAAGUGAGCCUGAUGCAGAAACCCACAGGAGAAAGCGAUCGCUGCCCGCUCUGAUUGCCAGACCAGUAAGGACUCCCAAACUCCUGGCGCCCCUGGUCAGUGGGCAGAGGGAGGAAGCCAUGAUGCUGGGUUGCAAGCACCCUCUGCCUCUCAAACCCAUUGGCUUGCUGCCCCUGACCUCUGUGUCCAAGGCCAGGAGGGAGAGACUGGCCUGGAGGGUCACCCACGGGCCUCACAGGGCCCGGGGUGGGGGGAGCGAGGGGAGUAGCUCCAGCAGUGUGAGCAGUCAGGGCUCUCUGGACUUGGAGGAGGAAGAAGAGGAGGAGGAGGAAACAGAGGAGAAAGAGGAGACCAGUGAGGGCACAGGGGUCUCAGUAAACCAGCCAACGGGAAGCAAAGAGGUGCCCCCCGCCACAGUACCCUGUGAAAGUUUUGCCUUGGACUUGCUGCCAACUCUACAGCCUUUUGUUGGAGCGAACCAUGAGACUGCAGAUUUCUCUGGAAAACAAGGGGCUAUUGAUGACUGUAUGGAGGACAGAGGAUCCAUUAUAUCGAGUGCUGACAGGACAGAAGACUGUGAGGUGCUGUUUGGAGCAGCCCGGUCAGAGUUAGCACACGGUUUGGGCUCUGAGCUUCCGGAAAGGAUGGGUAACAGCACAGAUGUUAACAAGACUGAACACUCAAUAGACAGUGUUUCAGAAAAGAGAACUCUAGAACAGAGGCUCACAGGCUCUCCGUUUCCAGAGAAGAACGCAGACACUGUGACAGAAACAACCAGCGCUUAUGAUCUGAAAUCCCAAUGCACCGCAGACACUAAUCAACUUGGUUUACGUGUGGUGAACAUCACAGUGUCUGAGUCUGAUGCAAUUCCAGAGGAAAAGAGCAAUCCUAGCAAGACCCAUCACAUCAAAGACAAAGGAAAUCGCACUCCCUUCCAGACUAAUCAGUCUUUCAACAUCCUGGCUCACAAAGAUCACAACCGCUUUACCAGGAAGUCCAAAAGCAACCAGAGGAACACAUCCAGAGCAGCACAUCUCAAAGGCAACAUUGGAAAUCCUCCAGAUCUCACACUCGGCGGAGAGGCAACUGCAAAACCAUCUGCGCCCAGGACAAGUCACCCAAAGGCCAGCCAGAAAACCACAACUCUUCUUCUGCGAAACAGAUCAGCGGAGCAACUUCGACCAGUCACGAAAAGGUCUGGUACGGACAGGGGGAGCACAAAUAAACUGGAAGUCCUGGCCCGAAAGCAGCCCCUACAGCGGGACCUGAAGUGUACCCGGCAGCCUAAGAAAUUGGCAACACCGAGAGCCAAAUCGGCUGUGGAUUUUGUCACCUACAGCGACAUGUUCCAAGAGAUCAACCAAGGAGACAAUGGGCCCGCGAUUUACGAGAUGUUCGCCACCCCCGUCUACGACAACCUCCGCAUGUCCACCUCACGUGCGAGAGCCAGUCCCAGGCAAGUGCAGUCUGCCCCCCCCAGGAAGAACCUGAGCCGAAGAAACCAGAAACACUUCAAACCUCUGGAGAGCAGUCGGAAGAAAAAAACGCAGAGGUCUAGCCCUGCCAGCGGCAAGAGCAAAAAGAGGAGUGACGUUCUGCCGAGAGGAAAGCCUCGCACGCCCUUAGCUAGUGAAGACGAAGAGGAGAACGUUGUCUUCAUUUCCGGCCUUAACUGGCAAAUCAAGACUGCCAAGUCCGAGCCUGUCUAUAACGAGGCUGACACAGAGAAUGAGUCGUGUGUCGAAGGGCAGGAAGAACAGAACCUGUCCGUGAUUGAGGAGGUCCUCUCAAAUUACCUGUCAGAAACACUUGUCAAUCAUGCCGCGACUGGAUCUGAAAACCCUUCCACCUCACCUGAGCCACAGGAAAAGACUCAACAGACCCUAAAUGACCAUCUACCUGCCCAGGAUGAGGGACCAGCGGGAAAUUCUCUGCAAAAUGAUAGCGAGUGUGAAAAACCCAAAUCGUCACAUUCGCCAUCUUUCCUAAGACAGCCGAAGCGGAACACCUGGACCUCUGGGAGCAGCGACAGGACCAUGUCCCCCAUGUUCAGGAAGUACCUGGAUGUUGCUGGUGAGGGACCUCUGACCGAUGACCUUCUGCAGUGCCUGGCCAAGGAGCUGAUAUCGCUGGAGGAGAGAGAGGUGACCCUCCAACCUGAAAACAGGUUUUAUUCCUCGAGCCAGAGAGGAAUACAAGAGGUUUCACAGGCAGAAAAAGGACAUCCAUUACUUGAGGUCACAGUGUCAGGUGCUAAGCUGCCGAGUUGUUUACAGGGAGUUACAUCAUCUAGAGAAUGCAGUGCUCCCGAGUCACCUACAGAGGGCGCUGUCCUGUGGACUAAAGGAGAAGUGCUGGGAAGAGGAGCCUAUGGAACAGUGUACUGCGGGCUGACGGACCAGGGUCAGCUGAUCGCCGUCAAGCAGGUGGCCCUGGACGACUCGGACCAAGCCACGGCAGCCAGGGAGUACCGGCGCCUUCAGGACGAGGUGGACCUGCUGAAGACACUGUGCCACGUCAACAUCGUGGGCUUCCUGGGCACCACCCUCCAGGACAACGUGGUGAGCAUCUUCAUGGAGUAUGUCCCGGGCGGCUCCAUCGCCAGCAUCAUCCACCGCUUCGGCCCGCUGCCAGAGAGGGUUCUGUCCCUCUACACCCAGCAGAUACUGGAGGGGGUGGCCUACCUGCAUGAGAACAGGGUCAUCCACAGGGACCUGAAGGGCAACAACGUCAUGCUCAUGCCCACCGGCGUGGUCAAGCUCAUCGACUUCGGCUGCGCCCGGCGACUGAGCUGCCUGUCGCACUCCAGCAGCAACGGCGAGCUCCUCAGGUCUGUGCACGGCACCCCCUUCUGGAUGGCCCCGGAAGUGAUCAACGAGACGGGCCACGGCAGGAAGUCGGACAUCUGGAGCGUGGGCUGCACAGUGUUCGAGAUGGCCACGGGACGCCCGCCGCUAGCGCACAUGGACAAAAUAGCCGCCCUCUUCUACAUCGGUGCCAGGAGGGGUCUGAUGCCCACGCUGCCAGAUGAGUUCUCAGAGGAUGCCAGGAAUUUUGUCCAAGCGUGUCUGACAAGUGAUCAGAGAGAUCGGCCAUCGGCACAAGAGCUACUGCUGCACCCCUUCAUCCCUUCAAGACCCAGAGCAUCCUCCUCCAGCUAGACUGACACUACUCAUAGCCUAUCACAGGCCCAUUGCAAGAUUGAUGCUCCUCUCAGGCUAUCAUGAGAGCCCGCAGCAAGACUGGCACUCCAUGCAGCCUAUCAUGAGAGCCCACUGUAAGACUGGCACUCCACACAGCCUAUCAUGAGAGCCCUCUGUAAGACUGCCACUCCAUACAGCGUAUCAUGAGAGCACGCUGCAAAACUGGCACUCCAUACAGCCAAUUGUGAGAGCCAGCUCCAUACAGCCUAUCACAAGAGCCUUGUAAAAGACUGAUAACCUGUUAUACCUAUACUGUAUGCCUUAAUGGCUCCACCUCCUGUGGGCACUCUUUAUAGUCACCCUAAGAUUUGUCCUACAAGAGUCUGGUCAUAAAGAUGCCUGGGGUAGCAAGCAGUGUCUGGCGCUGUUUUCAAAGCUGCCUGUCUUUUUUAAGACUUUCAUCUGUUUCACCACCCAGAGAAAGGUGAGAGUAUCGAUUCCCUAAUCACACCCUACUAAGAGUAUGCGCAGAACUUCAGAGGAAUAUUUUUCCCAGAGUUUCAAUCAUGCGCCCAUGCUAAAUUAAAACCAAGAUUAUCUAAAGAUAGCUUUCCCAGAAAAACUAGGGUGCUACUUAAUGUUGACCUGAGACUAAAAUAAGGACCAUUUUUCAUUAUUUAGAUUGUGUGCCAAUACAUACCUGUAUUUAGUGUACAUAUGUUAUUUGGAAUUUGCUGCAAUUAUUUGUACUGUAAUAUAUUUAAUAAAUGACUUAAGUUUCAACAAUCCUUUGAGUGCUCUUAAAAAAAAAAAAAAAAAA